AUGCCGAUGCGCAUCGGGAUCGAGAGGAGCGGCGCAGCCAAGAGGCGGCGCAGACUUUGCCGGCGAGCCUGGUGGUCUCGGCCGAUCAAUCCUAACAGGAGCAACGUGUUCGACCCCUUCUCCCUGGACCUCUGGACUGACCCUUUCGACGCCUUUCGUUCAAUCGUCCCGGCAGCCUCUGGCAACACAGAGAUGGCCGCGUUCGCGAACGCCCGUGUGGACUGGAAGGAGACCCCCGAGGCCCAUGUCUUCAAGGCGGAUCUCCCCGGUGUGAAGAGGGAGGAGGUCAAGGUGGAGGUGGAGGAUGGCAACCUGCUCGUUGUUAGCGGCGAGCGCAGCAGGGAGAAGGAGGUCAAGAACGACAAGUGGCACCACGUCGAGCGCAGUAGCAGCAAGUUCAUCAGGCGCUUCCGCCUGCCGGAGAACGCCAAGGUGGAGGAGGUGAAGGCUGGGCUGAAGAAUGGCGUGCUCACUGUCACCGUGCCCAAGGUUGAGGCCAAGAAGCCCGAGGUGAAGUCCAUCGAGAUCUCCGGCUAA